AUGCCAUUUCGGACGGCCGCGGCGGGUGGAGCGCAAAGCAGCAGCAUGAAGUCACCCAGAGGCCUAUCCGCGUCGGCAACCCCAAGGAUGCGCCUUUCUCCGUCUCUGCCGGACCUUACUUCCCUUUAUUCCACGUCAGAUCCAGCCAGCGUUCAGUCGCCUUGUUCCACGAGCUCUCCGUCUCCCGCCACCGGCGACCUACCUCCCUUCUCUCCGCCAACGGCAGCCCCCCUGCGAGGCAGCCCGAAUUCCAGCCCGAAAAAUACUCAUCUUCCUGGUCCCGAUGCGAUUUCUUCAGCGCGCCGAGCGAAAGCCGGUGGAAGUAAGACGAGCGUGAGUUAUGGCUCGAGCAUCAACAGAGGCCACCCAAGGAAAAUCGCGUCGCUCGACACGGGGCCGCCGUUGCUGAGGCGCACGGAUCGCGCUCGCCGGUACUCCCUGGGCGGCAGCGGCGACUACCCCCGCAGCGUCAGCGUGAGCGCCCCGGUGGAGCUCAGCCGGGCUGAAUCCUUCACCGCGCAGCACCGUCCCGCACUCCCUUCCCAAAGCCUGUCUGACGCCGCUGCAGCACCCGUGGCGGGAGAGCAGCACAGGGGUCCUGGCAGGAGCAGGCGCGGGGGGAAAGGCAAGGAAAAGGAGGACAGGGUGCGAGGGGAUGGUAUAAGCGAGGGGUACGACUCGGACGAGGAUUUUGUGAAGCUAUACGGGCUGGUCGCGCAGCACCGCGCAGCAGAGCGCGCCAUCGUGUCGUCUGCCUUCGCCAAAGUGCUCUCCUCGCCUGGCCAAGGCACCUAUAGCCCCAAGGGUGGGACGAGCAGCGGCUGUAGCACAGUUCUGGGGUCUGGUAGCGGUUUUAGCCCCAAGGAUGGGACUGGCAGUGGCUGUAGCAGUAUUGCCAGAUCAAGAAGUGGGUGUUUUCCCAAGGCUGACAGCGGCAUUGGCAGCAUUGUCAGGUCUGGCAGCAUUUGUAUACCCAAGGUUGGGACUCGGAGCGGCUGUAGCAGCAUCAUCAGAUCAAGCAGCAGUGCCUUUCCAAAGGUUGAGUCUGGCUACGGCUGUAGCCCCAAUUUCGCGUCUCCGAGCGGCAACGGCAGCAGUAUCCGAUGGCCUGGCGGUGAUAUCAUUUCCACCACCAACAACAAGACGUGUGGUGUGGCAGCUGCUGAUGAACAUGAGGGGCGCCUUAGUGUGCCCAGCUGUGCUGACAUUUUCCCGAAUCACGGAAGCACAUCAGUUGAGCCGCUAGUGCCAAGUCCCAGAGCAGCGGCGUUGGGACCUCGUGCUGUUAUCAAGGGGGAAUUCAGCAAUGCGCCGUACACUGUUCUGAGGAAUCGGAGUCGAAUGAGCCUCGAUUCUGCAGUGGUGAGUGUGGCGUUUACUGGUGCUGACGAGAGGGAAAGCAUCCAGUCGCUGAUGGACUUGGGGAAAACACAGAUCAACCAGCAAAGGCAUGGACACCAGCAGCAGUCUCAGAGGGAGAAGAGCUUUCUGGGGAACCAAUCAGGUGCUGAGAUGGACUUUGCUGUGGCGGCGAAACCACCCCAUUCCCCCUUCCUCGUCCCCCAAACUCCCUUUCUCCCCCUUCCCCCACCUCCCUCCCCGCUUCCCUCCUACACAUUCACUGCUGCUGGUAGAAUGUGCAAGCCUGGUCCGUCGUAUCCCCAACCUGCUCCGCCAUAUCCCCAACAUGUUCCGCCAUACCCCCAACCUGCUCCGCCAGUCGCCGUGAUGGGCACUCCCGUGGCGUCACCGUUCCCUGCUCGUUGCGCCAAACCCGAGAAUAGCCGCGUGGUGAUCUCACAGGGGGAGGGCGGGGCGCUGGAGGUGCGCAUCCCCGCGGCGGGGUUCUUCCCGGACGGCGCCGUGGGGUGGAUCCUCUGCAUCCUCACGCCCUUCCUCAUUGCAAUCGCAGUGGCGGUCGCCAUUUUCCUGCCCUUCACCAUCUGCAUCCUCUGCGGCUUCACUGCUUGCUCCUUUGCAUGGAUUAACAGCGCUACUCGCUCGGAGGCCAUUGUGCUGUCGCCCCAGCACUUCACCAUCACCACCACAAACUCCGGCUCAACCAAGCGGAAGCAGGGCAGCACGCCAAUGGUGCGCGCCAUCGUGGUGCAGAACUUGAACUCCCCACAGCCGCUGCCACCUCCGCCAGUGCAUAGCCUCGCUGCCCAAAGUCCCAUCCCUCCUCCACCUGCCCCUGCCGCGCGCUCAGCAGCUAAGCCGCCAGAGCUGGUGUGCAUGAUUGUUGGGAUGGAGCAGGAGGAGUACCGGUUUGGCAAGACCUUGAGUGAAGCGGAGAAGCAGUGGGUGGUGGGUGAGUUGUCGCACCACUUGCAUACCAUGCACAUGCACCCAGCGCAACAAAAUGUUUAG